AUGAAUAAAUUAAGUAGAGGAAUAGCUAGAUAUGGAUUUAGACAGAAAAAUAAUCAUAAACCUAGGCCUCCAGAAUCAUAUGUAUCUUCUCUGCAGUGUAUUAAAGUAAAUGGAUGUAGAAACAUUGUAGAUAUCAGAAAACUUGUUAAACAAAAGUGGAUAAAAAGGCUCUCAGAGCAGGUUUGGUAUGAUAAUAAUACUAAAGAUACUACUAGCAAGGAUGUAUGGUUAGAGUUUGAGUAUGUAACGUCAGGAGUAUCUAAAAAGUUAUUACUAAAUGAUCUCAUGGAAGUAGGUAAAGCCUUGAUAGAUGAAUUGAGAACUAUAUAUAGGAAAACUCAUUCAUCAGAUAAGGAUCAGUCCUGGCUUUGGAAUCUGGCAAAUAGUACAAAGACUACAUUAAAAGAUAGAGUUGAAUCAUGCUGUGCUAUAAUUCAGCAGAAUGUAAUAUUAGGAUCUUUUGAAUUAGAACAGCUACUAAAUUUGGCUGGUCAGAUAUCACACAAAUCUGGGUUUUUGAAAACACUAGAUACAAUAUUAACUAUAAUUCUAAAUAAAGAUAUCUUUCCUCAAACACGGGAACUUGUAUCUAUUUGUAAUCAAAAAAAAAUAGUAAACUUUUUAAUUAAUAUUUCAGAUAAUUUAGAAGUAUCAAAAGAAUCAACCACUUUAAAAAUUCCAUUAUCUGAAUUUCUUCAAAUUUACUUCGAAGAUUAUUUAAAAAAGUGGCUAGCGAAAUUUAUACAGGUUAUUAUAAGAUCUGUAGAUGACCCUCUAUGGACCAUUAGAAAAAAGAUUUUGGUAAUGAUUUUUCAUAUUGCAAAGAAUAUCAAAGAACAACGUAUUACUCUAAUCUAUACCUUAAUACAUAAAUUUGGUGAUAAAGAAGACAAGAUAGCCUCAUUUUCUACUUAUUUACUGGGUUCUAUGUUACAAAAUAGAAAAGGUGCAGAUUUACUAUAUAUAAUAGUCAAUUGCUUAUCUGAUCACAUAUGUAGAUCCUUGGAAACUUUUUCUAAAAUUUUGGGUUCAGAUUCUACAAUAUCACAUCAAAAUCAUCCUGUAUUUAGAGAGGUUUAUCGCUUGACUCUAUUUGCUUCAGAAAUCAAAUUAAAUAGAAGCUAUAAUUUUUAUGCUUUAGGUAAUGAGUAUAAGUUUAGUAAAGAUCAAAGCUUAAAUUGGAAUUUAAAUAACUUAACUCCUCCAAUAAUUGUACUUCGUAUUUGCUUGACAACUCUGAAGAUUAUUGUUGCACCAAAACCUAUAAAAAAUAAGAGAAAUAGAACUAAUAUUAAAAAACAUGAACUUCCUUCUUCUAACUUCAGUCUGUCAGUUGGACAACCGAUGUACCGUUUAUUAAGAGUUGCAUUAAAUGGCAUAAAUAGAUCUUUACCAUAUGCAGAAUCACAGAUAAGAAUUUUAAGAAAUAGAUCAGUCUCUAAGGGAUUAUCUCAAAAUUUUAGUGAAAUUGAUACAAUAUUCGGAGAUUUUGAAAACGAAUAUAUUCCAAAGCUAUACUAUAUAUGUCAUACUAUAGAAUGUGCAUCUAUCCGUAUAGUUAUUCUCGGAGUCAUGUAUAGAAUAUUAAAGACACUAAAUAUCCUUGGGGAUCGUUAUUAUCGUUUAUUUUAUUCACAAUUAUUAUAUAUGCCUAUAUACUCUGCAAAGAAUAAAAAAUUACUUGUUGCUUUAACAUGGAGAGUUAUAAAUGAGGAUUGUAAUUAUAAUGGGAAGCGUGCCUUAUCUAUAAUUAAACGAGCCUUCCAAGUUUCAAUACAAAAUUUUGAUGUUUCAAUGGCUUUAUCAUUUUUAGUUAUCCUGGUAAAUAUUCUACUAUAUAGUAAUUUAGAAGAUAUUACUUCUAUACAUAAGAAAGAAAAAAAAGGAAGUGAAUUGUUUAUUGAUGAAGAUAAUUUGGAAAAAAGUGAAGUAGAUAAUUUAAAAUCAUCAUCAUUAGUAUUUAAAUCUGUUAUUACAAAAACUGAUUUUGAACUUCUUCAGGAAGAUGAAGAAGAGCACUUUAUUGAUUUAUCAGAUAGUGAAAAUGAUAACUUUAAAGAGACUAAUAAGAGAAGUGAACAAUCAAUAAAAACUAGUAAGGUUAAACAUAACUUGGCAUAUUGUCCUACAAAAAGAGAACCACUUUAUUCAAAUGCAAUAAAUUCGCAUCUCUGGGAACUGGAGCUAAUGAGAUCUCAUUUUCAUCCUCUAAUAGCUGAUAUAGCUAGAAAAUGUUUAAUCAUAUGUAAUGAUGGACUGCAAAUAAAUUAUGAAAAUAAGGUAAUAUUACAAAAUAUAUCAAAGACACUAAUGCAACUCAAAUUUUCAAAGAAGUCCUUAGCAACAGAUUCCGACAAUAUAUUACCAAAAAUAUUUGAAAUAACAUCCUUACCUUUAUUUCUCCAGAUACUAAGUUAUAAUCCAGUAGAUAUCAACUUGUUAUUAAUGAAAGAUUUGAAAGAAAGUAAUUCAAAUAGUACGACUCAAAAAAAUACAAGAAUAAAUGAAUUUAAAAAGUGGGAUAACGAAAUUCCUAUGCAUCUUUAUUUCUACAAACAUUUUUUCCAAGAUCCUGUUGUUAUCCAAAGGUCACGAUUAAAAGAAAAAAAUAAAUUGAAUGAUGACUAUGAUGAUUUCCAAAUAGAAGGUGAUGAUGACGGUGGUAAAAAGAAAUUAUCAUACUACAAUGAUGAGGAUCAAAUCAUUGAUUCAUUAAUUGAGAAUAUGAUUGGAGUUGAUGAUGAUGAAGUUGAUGAAUUAGAUGAAAUUGAUGAUGAUGAAGAAUUUGAUAAAUUAGAUGAAAUUGAUGAUGAUGAAGAAUUUGAUGAAUUAGAUGAAAUUGAUGAUGAUGAAGAAUUUGAUGAAUUAGAUGAAAUUGAUGAUGAUGAAGAAUUUGAUGAAUUAGAUGAAAUUGAUGAUAAUGAAGUUGAUAACCAAGAUUUUAGUUUAGAUGACAAUGGAGGGCUUGGAGUAAAUGGAGAAAUUUCAGAUGAGAUAGAUAGUAGUCAUUUUUUGAGAGGCAAAAUUGGUGACUUGAAACUAAAUAGUAAAAGUGGCAAUAAGACUGACAUAUUACCAAAAAUCUCUAACAAAAAAAGGAGAUUUCCAAAGCCUAGGGACUUGCAAACUUAUUUUAUUGAUGCAGAUGAGAUGGAAAAAUAUUUAUCAUAG